AAUCAAAUUUACAUUUCUCAAUAAAAAAAGGAAAAUUACCAAAAAAGAAAAUCGUCGGAAAUUUAAGGAACGGAGGCAGGACCAGUUCGCAGCUGUGAAUUCUGUCUGCGUCAGCGUCAACGUCGUCGAAAACCUAACGUCAGCGUCGUGAGUGCGACUUUAAUUUAACAAAAGGCAAAAAAGCUGAAAAAAGGCAUUAAUUAUUAUACAAACCUAAAAAAGCAACUGCGUCGUGCAUAAUCUUGUGAUAUCUAUUUGGUCCCCUUCAAUACACCACCACCCCCCUCUCACAUCCUUUACUCGCUCUUCAACGAUCCCUGUGCAAUUCUCUCUAAAAAAAAAAAAAAUAACUGUGAUUCUUAAUUAGAAAAAAAAAAGUUUUUAACAAAUUAAUAGAAAAAUAUCUGCAAUAUUACUACCACUACCACCAACAACACCAGCACCGCACAAAAAGAGAAAAAUACAAAUUGUUUAACAAAAAAAAUUUUCUGUGGUCACGAAAGUAAUUGGACAAACUGUUGUUUGAACAGCAGCAAGCAAAUAAAACGCAGAAAGAUUUACAACGGAGAUCAACCAGUAAUUCGGAAUAAGAAACUAUAAGCAGGAAGAAAAUACAAUUUAUAUUUGCUGAGAGAAGGAAGCAGAAGAGGGGAAGCGGCGCAAAAGCACGAAAAAUUUCGCUGGGCGAAAGUAAAAAUAUAAAUCAAAAGCAAACUAAAAAACCUAAACAACACACACACACACACACAGGCGAUUUAGCCAUGGAACGUGAAUCCAAUCCAAUGCAACCCAUGUGCCGCUCUGGAUGCGGGUUCUAUGGUAAUCCAGCCACAGAUGGUCUCUGUUCGGUAUGCUAUAAGGACUCGCUUAGGAAAAAGCAACAGCCACCUGUGAGCAGCACACCUGUCUCAGUUCCAAGCCCACAACCUAGCCCAACAUUCAGUCCGGCCAUUGCAAUCACCAAUACCGCACAGCCCACAGUUACAAGCUUACAACAGCCACAUAUUAAUGAUGUGAAAGAGAAAAUCACUGAAGAUGUUGCCACCGCCGCUGUUGCAGCCGCUGCCGCUGCUGCUGCCGCCGCUGCAUCUGCUGUUAAAUCUAAUAGCGAAAUUAUACAAUCGGCAUCCGGUCCAAAUACUUCCACACAAGCAGCCGCCUCAGCCAAUGAUGAGGAUGAUAAGGACAAGGAAGAUGAUAAGGAUGCCAAAAAGAAGAAGAACCGAUGUGGCGAAUGUCGUAAGAAGGUUGGACUGACUGGUUUUCAGUGUCGUUGCGGCGGCUUGUACUGCGCCGUGCAUCGUUAUUCCGAUAAACAUAAUUGCACAUUCGACUACAGAGAACAUGGUGCACAGGAGAUUCGACGCAAUAAUCCGGUUGUUGUUGGCGAGAAAAUUCAAAAGAUUUGAAUUUUUCUAUAAUGUGCCACCAGUAACAGUAGCCGUAGAAUGAUAAUAACCAAUCUAAA